AUGGAAAGUCACAAAAAGUGGAGGUCCAAGCCGAGCGCGAAGGAGAGGAGGUCACAGUGGGCCUCUGGCAGCAGCUCUGUGCCUUGCAGCAUGGACUUUCAGAGGUCGAAAGGCACGCGACGUGAGAAGUUCGCUCUCGACGGGGAUGCGACUGCGCUUCCCGGCUUUUGCACGGUCACUGUUCCUUUCUGUCGAAACAUGUUAGAAGCGUUCGGGCAACACACACACCCACCAGGGUGCCAAAAGCAGAAUGUAAACUUCCAAGACUACGACUACGAAGACCUCUUUCUCUCCGUUCAAGAUUGGAUUCCAGUCGAUGCCCAAGAGUCAAGACGUUCCUCGGAUGAAACGGCGCUGCGACCGAACUGCCAGGAAGAUCAGCAAGCACAUCAGCCUUCAAGAGGAUGGAAAGGGGAUGGGAAUGGGUUCUUGAAGUUGAAGAUGCUCACUUCCACCAGGGUGAGCCCGAAAAACGAGGUUGCAGAGACGCCAGGCGGAGUCUCGCCCCCACAGCCUCGCCCCCGGCAGCGCCUACCGCCCCGCCGGCGUACCGCGGUGCGAGUGGCACCGGUGGGAGCAGAUGAGGCACCGACCUUCUGCCUGGAGGAGCAGGUGGCACCCAGCGAAUUGCCCAGGUCACUUCUGGCCUCCCCCGAGCGCCCGCCACGGAGCACGUGGAGCACGCGGAGCGCCUCGCAUCGCCACGGAGAGCUCGACACGAAGAGCGACGCAGCGAGCGAGGAAGAGCGGCCGCUGCACGAAGGCCACGAAGAGCGAGCGCAGAUCGUCCAUUCGGACGAAUUUGCACGAAGCGCUGCUCGGGAACAUGGAAGUGUGAUCAAAGAGGAGGACAUGCUGGAGCAGCUGCAGAAUUUGGCCAAUUCUUUCAGACCUGACAGCUCUCCAUCUGACUCCUCUGCCUCUGCACCUGGUGAGCGACUGGAUGAAGUGAGUGGCCCAUCGUUAGGACACCCGAGCAAGUCGGUGGAAGCCUUUGGAUCAGGUGGUCAAGACGUUCAAAGUGACGUAUCAGGUGGUCCAGACCGUCAAGCUCAAGACAGACCGCUGGUUUUUCAAGAUCCUGCUGCACGAAGAAGGUCCAGUUCUUCACAGAGUACAUCUCCAAGACCUAGUGUGGUCCAUUACGGAGCACAUACUGUCCAAAGUGGCAUAUCCAGUGUGCUUCUUCAAGCUAGACCUGUUUCUCAAUCAAGACCGUCCAGUGCAUCAAGUGCUCCAAAGCCGAGCACUGAUCAUUCCGAUCCCCCAGUCGAUGCUCACGUCGACGUACGUGCUGUGAAGGGUCGAAAUGCUGUGUUUCACCACCCAUCAGCACGGAGAUCCGGUGGCAGCGGAUCUCCGACUGAAAGCAUCGAUGAAGGGACAUUGGACGCGCUUCCACUGGACAUCCCGGGCGCUUCGGUGCAAGGACACAAAGACACUGAAGGAUUAUCCGAAGCUCCAAAGGGUGCAUCUCCAGCCCCUAGUGUGAUUGAUUACGAAGCGAAUCGAAUCCAAAGCAGCAUAUCCAGCGUCCUCUCACAAUUCAGACAAGCUGGCUUUCAAGAUGGUGCUGCUCGAAGAGCUUCCAAGAGCACUUCUCCGCGACCCAGCGUGGAUGGUUCGCAUCCCCAAAGUGAUGUAUUGGGUACUCCCGGUGGCAGACAGACCGUUUUUCAAGAUCCCAAAGCUGCACAAACGUCCACAGCUUCAACGAGUCGACCUAAUGAAGCACUCCAUGGUGCACUUCCUCAAAGUGAUGUACUGGGUGCACCUGCUGGACCUGUCUCUGUCGUUCAUCCUCAAGCUCAGGCUAUGGUCCCAGAUGUGAAGCUGCACUCAGAGGACAGUUCCAGCGACUCUUUGGAGUCGGAGGAAGAGGAUGAGGAGGAUGAGGAGGAUGAGGAGGAGGCCGAGGAGGAGGACGAGGAGGAAUCUGAAGAGGAGAAGUACGAGAAGUACGACAUGGAAUAG